AUGCACUUGAAUCAUUACCAGAUAUAUUAUAAUUUAUCAUUGUCAAGCAUUCAAUUAUGUAACUAUUAUCACAUUUUGAAUUUAACCAACACUUUAAAUUAUACAAAUCUGAAUGAAUAUAAUUACGGAAACGAAGCUCAAGAACAUCAAAAAAUCUUAUACAUGCACCGAGCAAUUACUUAUUUUCAAUUAAUUAAUGUUAGAAAUAGUGACGCAGUAGAUCCGGUUCAGGAAUUAUACGAGUUGCUAUACAGUUGUGAGCGAUACUAUCUUGUUAUGUCAUCACAUAAUUAUAACAUCAAUGUAACAAGAAACAAUGACAUUGUUUUGCAAUUACGUUCAAACAAGUAUCGAGGUAAAAGUUACACUUACGAGUUGAUGAGAUUUUUAGAUUCAAAACACACGAUAGAUGAAUUAUGUUAUAAAUCCAAUUUCAAUGUUUUAUUAAAUUAUACCAAACCAGUUUCUGGCUAUUUCGAAUUGAAAACAGAAAUGAAUAAACUUAAUGCCACAGAGCCAAUACAUAAGAUAAUCCACAAUAUUGUUUUGUUCAAAUUGUUGCUCAUUAAACCAUUAAAUUUUGUUGAAACCAAACAAGAGAUUGUGACAAUUAUUAGGAACUUAAACUUACUAUUAGAAGAGAAUGAUAGUGAUACGUUUAAAAUAAAAAUUUCCAAUUAUCAAAUAAUACAACCAAUGCUACAUUGUUUAAAAAGUUUUCUUGAAAUUAAGCAAGUUGAAGUAAAACUUGGUACUCCACAAUUGGAUUUACAGGACCAAGUUUUGUUAGUUAGAUUUAGCGAAAAUUUGAUUUUGCAUUUCCCAUUUUUCAAUAAUAUCAAUAAAUUGAUCAGAGCUCAUAAAAUUUUGAAUAACUGGUUCCUUAAUUUGAGUGAAAUUAAAAAAGAUGAUUUGGAAGAACAAAAUGAGAAGAACCAACAACAAGGCAAACUUCAAAGUUUACAACAACCAAUUCAACCAUCACCACAGCAACCACUAGCAUCACUAGCACAACAACAACAACAGCCGCAAGAGCAACAACCACUGAUGCUGCACAAUUUGGAAAAUGACUUACAGAACCAGAUUCUCACGCCGACUCCCGAUAGUUUUCUGAUGAAUUUCCCAAUGCAUAAUUCAGUUCUGCAUAUGUCGCCCAAUUUGAACCAAGUAUCUCUGCAACAAAAAAUUGCCAGUCAGAUAAACUUGAAUGAGUUAUUAAGAGAUCUUAAUGGGACACCUUCAUCUACUACAGAUUUUAUUAAUCAAUAUAACAAUUUCAAAGUUCCCGAUACUUUAAUAUCCACAAACUCAAAUCCAAUAACUCAACACCAAGCGGAUGACGAAGAAGAAGAUGUAAUAGACAAUGAAGAAGAUGAUGCAGAAGAUGAUCAAGACCAGUUCUUUUCCAUUGUGCCUCAAAAUCAACAUGGCCAUAAAUUUGCCAAUCUUCAAGCCCCUCAACCAGUUUCUAAUACAGGCUCCAACACGUUAAAUAAUGGCCCAGUUACAACGGCAACACCAAGUGGGGCAAUUGGUGGUGGUGGCAACAAUACUGGUAGUUUCCUUUCAUUAUUCAAUGCUACUAAUUUUGUGGAUGAUCAAACAGAUGGUAAUAAUGGUGCUACUGGUGUUGGCAGCAGCUUUUUCAAUUUGUAUCAAUUGAAUAAUUUGCCCGAAAAGUGA